UGAGUUCGAACAUGUUUCGAAUUAAAAAUCAAAACAAACAGCACAUGUGUUGUUGCUCUGAAUAUAAAUAACUAAAGUAAAUAUUUGGUAAAAUGUCUGCGGAACCUGAAAUUGCAAAAGAUGCGGUAUUAAAACGGAGUGAACGCAUUGCUGAAGGAACACCGAUAAUUCAAGGAUAUGACUGGAACCAGGGUGUUAACUAUGAAAAGCUUUUGUCUUCCUACGUUCAUACUGGCUUUCAAGCCACGAAUCUUGGUUUGGCUAUCAAUGAAAUUAACAAAAUGCUUGAUUGUAGAGCGCAACAGUUGACUAGUGAGCAGUUGGAUGUACAUGAAACGGAUGAAUUUAUAAAGCGGAAGCAUAAUUGUACAAUUUUUUUGGGUUACACCUCGAAUUUAGUUUCAUCAGGCAUGCGAGAGACUUUACGCUUUUUGGUAGAACAUAAAAUGGUAGAUUGCAUUGUCACCACCGCUGGUGGCGUCGAAGAAGAUUUCAUAAAGUGUUUGGCGCCCACAUAUUUAGGUUCCUUUGAACUUUCUGGUCGAGACUUGCGCGAACGUGGUAUCAAUCGCAUUGGUAAUUUGUUAGUGCCAAAUGAUAAUUACUGUAAAUUUGAGGAUUGGCUUAUGCCCUUAUUGGAUGAAAUGCUAAAGGAGCAACAGACAUGUGGUACUGUGUGGUCACCAUCUCGCAUUAUUAAUCGAUUGGGUGAACGAAUUAAUGAUGAAAGUUCCAUUUAUUAUUGGGCUGCUAAAAAUAAGAUACCAGUUUUUUGUCCAGCACUGACUGAUGGUAGUUUGGGUGAUAUGAUGUACUUCCAUUCCUUUCGACAACCUGGCCUGAUAGUUGAUAUACUCUCCGAUUUGAGGCGCCUCAAUACAAUGGCAGUUAAGGCUGUUAACUCUGGUAUGAUUAUUAUUGGUGGUGGUGUAAUUAAACACCACAUAUGCAAUGCCAACUUAAUGCGAAAUGGUGCAGAUUUUUCUGUGUUCAUUAAUACUGCUUCAGAGUUUGAUGGCAGCGACAGUGGUGCGCGCCCAGAUGAGGCUAUUUCUUGGGGCAAAAUACGUAAGGAAGCUACACCAGUGAAAGUGUAUGCUGAGGCAAGUUUAGUGUUUCCACUGAUUGUGGCAGAAACAUUUGCUAAGCGACAUUUCAAUAAAAGUAAAUAAAGAAUAUAA